CAGGGCGGGAUUUUCCAGCUGUGACGUCCCAAGUUUUCCAGCAACCCUGUCACUUCGACAUCAUGGCGUAGCGAUGUGGACGGACGGGGGGUAGCACUGGUGGGCACAGAGAAGUUUAUGAACCAAGCACCGUGGAGUAUUUUAUACCAACAAAUUAAGAAAACUAACGGAAAUAUUGAAACUUCCUCGAAGUAGAGAUUCGGUUUAUCAGUGAAUGAAGAUGAUGUCUGAUGCCAGUGACAUGUUGGCAGCUGCCCUGGAGCAGAUGGAUGGCAUUAUAGCAGGUUCCAAGGCUCUAGACUACUCCAAUGGGUUGUUUGACUGCCAGUCGCCCACCUCUCCCUUCAUGGGCAGCCUGCGGGCACUUCACCUUUUGGAAGACUUGAGGGGCGUCCUGGAGUUGAUGGACAUAGAGGAAAGGGAGAGUCUACGCUGCCAGAUCCCUGACUCCACAGCUGACAGCCUGGUUGAGUGGCUCCAUGGUCAUCUGUCCAAUGGGCACGUCUCUCUGGGUGGGGGUGACCACUACCAGGAAAGGCUUUCCCGAUUAGAGAGUGACAAAGAGUCUCUGGUGCUUCAGGUGAGUGUUCUGACAGACCAGGUGGAAGCUCAGGGUGAGAAGAUACGGGACCUGGACUUGUGUUUGGACGAGCACAGGGAGAAACUCAACGCCACUGAAGAGAUGCUGCAACAGGAGCUGCUGUGUAGAACUGCGCUGGAGACCCAGAAGCUUGAGCUGAUGUCUGAAGUGUCCAACCUAAAGCUGAAGCUUAACACCAUGGAGAAGGAGAGAGUGGACUUUGAUGACAGAUUUAGGGACAGUGAGGAUUUGAUUCUUGAAAUUAAUGAACUGCGGUACAGACUGACAGAUCUGGAGAGUGAGAAACUACUGUACGAAAAGAAACUUAAAUCCACAAAGUCGCUAAUGGCCAAGCUUUCUAGCCUGAAAAUCAAAAUGGGCCAGAUGCAGUAUGAGAAACAGAGGAAGGAGCACAAACUCCAGGCUAUGAAGGAGGAGCUAGCCAUUCUGAAGAGGCAGCUGGAGGGCAAAGACGGAGAGAUGAGGAGACUACAGGAUGAGACAGGCUUCAAAGCCGUCGCCUUGAGCGGUGCGGAUCCCUUAGAGAGAGUCUCUCAUCCAGAUGAAACUCUUAGAAAGAGGCUCAAAGAAAAACAUGUGGAAGUGCAGAGAAUGAAAAAGGCAGUUGAAUCACUGAUGGCAGCCAAUGAAGAGAAGGAUCGUAAGAUUGAGGAACUAAAGCAGUCGCUGCUGCGGUAUAAGAAAGUUCAAGACAUGGUGAUGUCAGUGCAAGGGAAAAAAGAGAAAACCAAAGAUAAUGAGCACGUUGAGAGUCAUUGUGAUGGAUCCCUCGCAUUUCUGUCGACCAGCCCUGUGUCUGUGGAACCAGAAAAACAUGAAGUUACAGAUGUUCAACAGCUGAAAAGGAAGAGCCCGGAUGAGUUGGAAAGUCUCAAUGGACUGAGUGAAGAGCCUUCGCCUACACCAAGCCCCUCAGUUCCAGAACAAGUGUCCGAGCCCACACCAACAGAUGUAGAGGGCACACAAGAUACCACAAAGACUAGCAGCCAGGACCACCUGGAUCGGAGUGAAAGGAGCAAUAAUGAAAAGAAUACAAGUGAAGAAAUCAGUAAGAUGAGUGAAAAGCCACCAUUGGGUCCCUCUGCCACCUUACCUGCCACCACAGAGGAUGACAGCUUUGGCUCAAGAAAGGCUCGGUCGUCUUUCGGAAAGGGUUUCUUCAAGAUCCGCGGGGGCAAGAAAACAGCCAGCACUCCUAACCUUGACCGCAGCCGGAGUGCGAGUGCACCUAUGCUAGCUGAAACAGAGCGACAGGGCACUGACCAUCUGGAUCUGGCCGGCCUGCCGCAAAGGUCAAGUAACAGUGACAGCACCCACACACUCCCUACAACCCCAGAGAGUAGGAAGAAGUCCAAGGGAAUCAAGAAACUCUUUGGGAAGUUAAAAAGAAGUCAGUCAACCACAUUUAACUUGGAUGACAACCUACCAGAGGGUGAGUUCAAGAGGGGUGGAGUGCGAGCCACAGCGGGACCCAGACUGGGUUGGUCUCGUGACCUCCAGCGAGUCAACAAUGAUGUUGAUGCUCCCUUUGCACGUUGGUCAAAGGAUCAGGUGUGUGACUGGCUGCAGGAGCAGGGUCUCGGUCUUUAUGUGAACAUGGCUCGUGUGUGGAUCUCCUCUGGACAGACGCUGCUACAGGCCUCACAACAGGACCUGGAGAGGGAGCUGGGCAUCAAACACCCGCUGCACAGAAAGAAGCUUCAGCUGGCUCUGCAGGCCCUGGGCUCAGAGGAGGAGGAUAUGAAGGGAAAGCUGGACUACAACUGGGUGACAAGAUGGCUGGAUGACAUUGGUCUGCCUCAGUAUAAGACCCAGUUUGAUGAGGGCAGGGUGGAUGGUCGCAUGCUACACUACAUGACAGUGGAUGACCUGCUUUCUCUGAAGGUGGGGAGUGUCCUGCAUCACCUCAGUAUCAAGAGAGCUAUCCAAGUGCUCCGACUCAACAACUACGAGCCCAACUGCUUGCGUCGUAGGCCAUCUGACGAGAACAACAUUACUCCAGCAGAGAUUUCCCAGUGGACCAACCACAGGGUGAUGGAGUGGCUGCGGUCCGUGGACCUCGCUGAGUACGCCCCCAACCUGAGAGGCAGCGGUGUACAUGGAGGACUGAUGGUUCUGGAGCCGCGGUUCAACGUGGAGACCAUGGCAUUGCUGCUGAACAUUCCCCCAAACAAGACUCUGUUGCGUCGCCACCUCGCCACACAUUUCAACCUGCUCAUUGGCUCAGAGGCCCAGCAGCUCAAACAGGAGUGUCUUGAAAACCCAGACUACACUCUGCUUACUGCCACCACCAAGGUCAAGCCAAAGAAACUGUCGUUUGGUAAUUUUGGCAGUCUGAGGAAGAAGAAGCAGGAUGAGAGCGAAGAGUAUGUUUGUCCAAUGGAUGUAGAGAUGCCAAAGGGAAGAAGCUUCCAGAAAGGCUUCGAGCUCCAAAUCUACGAGGACGACCUUGACAGGCUAGAACAGAUGGAGGACUCUGAGGGAACUGUGAGACAGAUUGGAGCUUUCUCUGAGGGUAUUCAAAACCUGACGAGCAUGCUGAAAGAUGAUGAAUUCUUCAAAGAGAUUUCUAAUUCACCGAACCCCAGUGUAACAGAUGACGAGUCUAACGCAUGAGACUGUCAGCACCGCGAGACCUGGUCCUGCUGUGAAUGAAACUCUGUGCCAACCCUCUUCACCCACACACAGACUUGUCUCAACAAAACGCAAGAAUGCUCCUACAUUUCCUUUUAGUGUUACAGUCAGAGAUGAGCCAAAAGUAUUACAGUGUCCUUGAUUUUUUUUAUUUUUAUUUUUCUGUUUUAAACGAUGGUGUUGUGAAAGCCUACAGUCCAGUAGCCACUAUUACUCCUGAACUUUGUCUUCGUUACUGUCGUCUGAGGACAGAGGGAACAUUUAGGGCAACACCACUGCUUGCCUGCCAGCUGGUUUCUGGAGAUAUUUUGUACUCAGUUAUGUACCGGCAUCUUUCUUUUUAUGACAGAACUGCAGUGUCAACCAGUGGAAAGAUGAUCUCUAGAAUAUGCCAAUAUAGAUUUAAUAUAUGUUUUCUAAAUUGCCUUCUGACUGUAGAAAUAUUGGGAAAAAAGAGAUGGACUUCAUAGAAGUAAUGUGCUGAGCAGAUUUCCCCGUUUUUAGAAGUUAGUGUAAAGUAAUAACUCAGAAACAGCUGCUAUGUUUUUCUACAGAACUAAAUCUUGUUAAUUAAUUGAUCAUUGUCUUAUAUUUGAUCCUGUUCUGAGGACUUAACAGGUUUUCACUCAACAGUAAUACUCUGCAUGCAUUUGCACCAAUACAUAUCAUACAGUACAAAGCCUAAUGGAUAUCAUUGCAUGGUAUUGAAAUCCAACACAUUCGUAUAUGAGUUUGUCUUUUAUUUUAUUUGAACCAUAAAUUGAUUUUAUUGGAAACCUGUUGGCUGACACAGAGUUAUUAUUUGAAAGUGUUGUGACAUGUUCACAUCUGUGAGAUAAGAUCAUGUCUCACAGUAAUGAUGUUGUAACGCAGCCUUCGACCACACCUAAGAAGAUAGUGUGUGUGUGUGUUUUUUUUUUUAUCUAUCGAGAUCAAUAAAGUAAUUUCAAAAUCAA